GCAAGAUUAUUCGUUUUCCUUAUCUUUGGAACACAACAUAUUUGUUGAACGGAAUUUUUCAAGUCUUAAGCUUUUACGACGUAUACCUAACACCGAUACUGUGGGCUAAGUCAAGCUCCUAAGAUCAAUACUGCCCUCUACACGAUGGUGCCCUCAAUUCCCGCAAUCCUGCAAACCCCUUGGCCUGAAAGACCGUCGACGAGGAUUGUACAGCGUGAUGAAGAGUCUCUUCGGCAUGAAGCGGGGGAGACGGAGAAUCGACGUGCGUUGGAGGAGUAUCGGAGCCAGAAGAGCGCGCUGCAGGAGGAGAAACUUGCCGUGUGUCCUCGCCUCACGCUUCGACUCUCGGAUGCCAGCACUCUGUCUCUCAGGGAUGGAACCUUGGAUUUCACGGCGACGCUAUGCUACACAACGACUCCUGAAUUUGUACCUAGCCAGCCAAUCGUUCUACACCUGCUUGGUCCUAAAGCUGGAGGCCCACUAUCCGAGAACGCAGUGUACUGGGGCCAGUACCAGAUCUUUGCUUCGCCUGAGAACCUCCCUGAACAUCGCCUUCCCUUUGAAUGGCGCAAUGUGAGUUUACGGCGGCCAAGAGAUGCAAAAGGGCGGUUCAUCGAUUCGAGCGAUAGCCAUUACGCAGCGGCGCAGACUUAUGUUGUCAGCGAGGCUGAGGGAUGGAUUGAGCUGUUUCCCGGACAAGAAGUCAGCCGGCGCGUGACGUUACAGCUUGAUCAGGCUGUUGCUUGGCAACGAGGGGUCAGCUCUGGGCGGGAUUAUUGGUUGCGUUGGGCGCCAAGUGGAACGGUUGGUAAUCCGAAGACGUUGUGGAGCUGGAAGUAUGGGGGGUUGAAGGAUUGGGAAGGGAUCAUCCUCAACAAGAAGGAGGAUUCAAAAUGUUGGAUACCGAUUCCUAUCCAGUCAGAGGAGAGCGGGCUGAAGUUUAAAGUCGUUGAUGGGGCCGAGUAAGAUGCAGCUGACAAUCAUGAAACGACUUGGUUCGCUGGAGCACCCAAAAUAAACGCUCAGCAGCGAAUCCUUAGGAGAAUCAUAUUCGGCCCCAUUUUUUGUAUUUGGCCCCCUGAUUUUCCUAGUCGACCCCUAUAGGCAGAAGUAUGCGUGGAAGUUUUCGAGCAGUCUGAAAGCUGUAUACUUCUGCAAGAUAUCAUAGAAACUGUAAGACUCAUUCGCCAAGGUACCCAAUUACUUGUAGAUACACAAAGAAUUAGUUGUAUGC